AAGUCAGGUCGUCAUUACCCCCACUGCCAUUUCCAAAUGCUCCAAAUCUCCUACAAAAGCAUCCAAACCCACAUUCCCUCCUUAAAUCAUCCAAACCCACGUUCACAUCGACUUCACCACCGCAUUCUCUAUAAAACCCCAUUCCCUCCAACGAUCCCUCUCGUCCUGUGUAAUAAAUCCACACCAUCAAGCCCCAUAGCGCCCAGAAGAACCAAAACAAGAGCCAGCAUUCCCAGAGAGGUAGAGGGAAAAGGAGAGCUUUUGAUCCCAGCCCAUUGUUCUUCUUCUUCUUCUUCUUCUUGGUUCCAUUGUUCCGUUUUGAGGAAGAAAAUGGUUGUGGUCGAUCAGCACGUUCUCUGGACCUUCUUUGCCUCGCUUCUCGGGUUCCUUCUUCUCUACACUCUCCGUCGCAAUAGCAAUACCCACGGCGAUAAAAGAACGACAAAGAAGAAGAAUUUCCCAGAAGAAUGCGCGAAAGAGAGCUCCGCCGACGGAGAAUGCCGUCCCGUUAACGUCUCCGGCACCGACGUCAUCAUCGUCGGCGCCGGUGUCGCCGGUUCCGCCCUCGCUUACUCCCUCGGCAAGGAUGGAAGACGGGUUCGUGUGAUAGAAAGAGACUUGACAGAGCCAGACCGAAUUGUUGGUGAACUUCUCCAGCCUGGGGGAUACCUGAAAUUAAUUGAGUUGGGCCUUGAAGAUUGCGUGGAGGAAAUUGAUGCUCAGCACGUGCUUGGAUACGCUCUCUUCAAGGACGGAAAGAAUACUAGACUGUCUUAUCCCUUGGAAAAAUUUAAUUCCGAUGUGGCUGGGAGGAGCUUCCACAAUGGGCGUUUUAUCCAAAGGAUGAGAGAAAAAGCUGCUACUCUUCCAAGUGUGCAAUUGGAGCAAGGUACAGUAACAUCCCUGCUUGAAGAAAAUGGGACUGUUAGAGGGGUUCAGUACAAAUCCAAGGAUGGCCAAGAACAUAAAGCUUAUGCUCCUCUUACAAUUGUGUGUGAUGGUUGCUUCUCAAAUCUGCGCCGCACUCUUUGCAACCCGAAGGUAGAUGUUCCCUCGUGUUUUGUGGGUUUAGUCUUAGAAAACUGUCAACUUCCAUUUGCAAAUCAUGGACAUGUCAUUUUAGCAGACCCUUCACCCAUCUUGUUUUACCAAAUCAGUAGUACAGAAGUUCGCUGUUUGGUUGAUGUACCUGGUCAGAAAUUACCUUCUGUUGCUAAUGGUGAAAUGGCCAACUAUUUGAAGACAGUGGUGGCUCCACAGAUUCCCCCUGAGCUUCAUGAUGCCUUCAUAUCUGCAGUUGAUAAAGGAAGUAUUAGAACUAUGCCAAAUAGAAGCAUGCCAGCAGAUCCACAUCCUACUCCUGGAGCCGUCUUAAUGGGUGAUGCAUUCAACAUGCGUCAUCCUUUAACUGGUGGUGGGAUGACUGUGGCACUAUCUGAUAUUGUUGUACUUCGAGAUCUUCUGAAGCCACUGCGUGACCUGAAUGACGCACCUUCAUUGUCCAAAUAUCUUGAAUCCUUUUACACCUUGCGCAAGCCGGUGGCAUCAACAAUAAAUACUCUGGCUGGUGCCCUCUAUAAGGUGUUUUCUGCUUCACCUGAUCAGGCAAGGAAGGAGCUGCGACAAGCAUGCUUUGACUAUUUAAGCCUUGGAGGCUCAUUUUCAACAGGACCGGUGGCUUUACUCUCUGGUCUGAACCCUCGUCCAUUAAGUUUAGUUCUCCACUUCUUUGCUGUGGCAAUAUAUGGGGUUGGUCGUCUGCUACUACCAUUUCCUUCGCCUAAACGCAUGUGGAUUGGAGCACGAUUGAUUUCGAGUGCGUCAGGUAUAAUAUUUCCCAUCAUCAAGGCAGAAGGAGUGAGGCAGAUGUUCCUCCCUGCAACCGUUCCGGCAUACUACAGGGCUAGAGCUCCUCCCGUUGAGGAUAUAGCCAGCAAAGACCAAGUAGCUUGAGGCUUCCACAGAGGACGUUAUACAAUUACAUUAUUCCUUGAUACCGCUACAAAGUGUAUUUGUCAUAUUCUGUCACAACUUAGAACUCAAAAUUGUGUAUUUCUCCAAGCUUAAUAGGAAUCCAUUUUGAAUGAAAAAAGAGUAUUGAAUCUUUAA